UUUAAUACAGUUCUGAACAAGAGACCGGUUCCUUUGAGACAGAGCAUCCAAAGCAAACCUGGCAGGUCAGGAGACCAGAUGCAAAAUGGAAUGGGAAGUACGAGAUCGUGUUGGAUCGGGUGCUUUGGAUUUUGAUAUCGACAUGAACAUUUUGUGUCAGAUUUGCUGUGACAGGGCUUCAGGGUUCCACUAUGGGGUACAUUCCUGUGAAGGCUGCAAGGGUUUCUUCCGAAGGACUGUGCAGCAGAAUUUGACAUACCGACCCUGUCUAAACAAUGAACAAUGUGAAAUCAAACGCAGCAGUCGGAACCAGUGUCAAUCCUGCCGCCUGAAAAAGUGCAAUGACAUCGGAAUGUCUAGAAACGCUGUUCGCUUUGGUAGAAUGUCCAAGAAAGAGAAAGACAAGCUCUUAGCCGCUAAGCAGCAGGUUGUGAGAAGGACGGACCUUGUUACUCUGGAACCACUGGACCUUAGACAAUCAACCAGUCAAGAGACAACGGACAAAUCAACUUCCAAGACAGACACCGUCUCGCACAAACUGAAAACACCAAAUGGGAAACUGGCAAACUCAAGUGCAAUAAGGGGCUCGUCACGAGGUGGAAAGAAACAGAAGAAUCUAACUCCAGAGGGCGCUAUUGAUAUCACUCGACAAAAGGGUUCUGAGACCAAAGCAGUGCUUGGUCUUACUGCAUCGGCCACAGUGCACAGGAACCAUCCUUAUAUAAUGACCAAUCCACAGUAUUUAUCUGCAGCCAACCGCCUUCGAUAUCUUGCUUCUAUACCACGCUGUGAAACAUCUGAAAUUCCGUCAGGUGUUCUCUUGCUCGGCAAUCCUGCUCAAAGUCAAUCGAGAGAAUGUGAACCUACUCCAACGCAGACUGCAGUUGAUCAGAGAACAGAAUCUGAAUACAGACAGAACAAAUCGUCUCUUUCCGCAAGUGAAAAGAGAAAACUUUCUGAAAUGCAAAUCACUCCUGUCAAAGCGCAGGGGAAAAUAUCUCAGGGUUCCUGCGGGAAAACCGGCCAUAACGCCGUCUUGCAGUAUGAAAACGGAACCAAAGUCUUACUGAGUGUCUCACAGAGAACUCCAAGAGACGGACCUCACCAGCGCCAAGUUCUUUCACCCGUCCAACAUGAAAUUCAAAGCCCGAAGACCAAACACAAGUGCAAUUACCCAGUGCCAACCAAUGCAAAUCCCCACCUUGGGAACAAUGAUCGGAAAGGAAGCAAUGUUACUAGAGAGACAGGACGCCAUUUUAGAGUAGGGUCUAAUGGCAUAGAUAUAGUAGACACCAUAUGUGAGGCUUAUGCUGAAGUCAUGGAGGAUCAAUGGAACAAUCUAGAACAUAUUCUACUCAUUGCAAUCAGGAAACAUAUUCCAGACGAGAAUUCCAAAUCAUCAACUCUUCCCCAGAAGACCAUCGGCAGUACGGAGUCCAUCUCCGAAGAACUGUUUUCUCAUUUAUUUUCUCCGGCCAUCGGACGCAUCGUUGCCUUCACUAAGUCCAUCCCAGGAUUUGAUACAAUUCUUCAUUCUGAUCAGGUUGUGCUCCUGAAGACAGGUUGUUUUGAGGUACUUCUUCUUCAGUUGUGUGAGAUACUAGACGUGAGCCAAGACUCUGUUCUCUUGGUGGGCGAGAACUUCACCAGAGAGAUGGUCAAACAGACAGAACUUGGAGAGUUUAUGGAAGCAAUGUUCUCCGUUGCCAAGCAACUCCUUAUUCUUAAACUGACUCGAGCAGAAAUGGUUCUCUUACAUGCUAUUGUUUUAAUAGCAUCAGAUCGUAAAGGCCUCACUAACCCAGAAGCUACUCGUGGAGUUCAGACCCAACUCUCAGGAUUGUUGGAGCAAUACUUGUACCUCAGCCACGGUCCAGACAACUCCAUUUUCCAUCGAUGUCUUCAGAUUGUCUUAGAUCUUCGUAUCUUAAACAUCCAGCAUGCUGAGAAACUUGCUUAUCAAUCCUAACCAGGCAUUGUAUGUAGCUUUGAUGCUCGUUAUUAACUGAAAAAGCAUUGUCGGUUGGUGGCAGAGAUGCGUAGAUAGCUUGAUGACAUGAUAUAACCAAAGUCAAGAACCAAGUGAAACUCAGCAAACUGCUGAUGUCAAAAGUUGUUUUCCAAGUCUUUAGUCCACUUAGCCAUAGAAUUAUAUGAUAAAGUUGCAAUUGAAGUAUAGAUUAUCAACUGUUUCUAGUUUUUACACAUAAAUAAAAAGUCACUUAGUGUUACGUGAUACAGUUGAUAUUUAUGUCUUUUCUUUUAAAUUUUUCAUGGCUGCAAUUUUAUUACUGCAACACUAAAUUUGAAAUACUCAGCAAUAUGGAAAUAAUUUCAGAUAUGCAGUGACAGGUUGUAUAGAUCAAGUGUAAUAUACAUGAAUCUAAAAUUGUAUUUUUGCAUCGCAAAAUAGAAAGUAUUGAGAUACUGUUUAUUUCAUAAAUAAAAGUUGAUCUUAUUAUUGGUGCCUUCAUUAGAAAAUGUAGUUUAUUGGUGGUUAAUUUAUUUAUAUGUGAACAUUAUUUUAUGGAUGUUAAGUGUUACUGUUACUGUGCUGGCACAUUCUAAUGGUAACUUUGCACAACACGAUAUCAUCGGUUUAUGUUUAUGCCAAGUGAAUGGUCCAUCAUACUUCCCCACGCUGCAUCAGGAAUUAAGUUUGUACAAGUUUAAUAUGCAAAAGAACUGUCAUUAGCCUGGGAUAUACUUCACCUGCCAUGGUGCUGCAUCAAUUUUAAUAAACAAGAUAAAAACAAAUUUUAUUUACUUCAUGGUUUCUUUCAAAUAAUAUCGGGACCCAAUUUAAUACAGAUGCACAAAAAAUAGGCUAAGUAAACAAACUUAUGCUUAAGCCACUCUGAAAUUUGGCCCUGAACUUAAAAUGUUGGUAGAAUAUUUUCACUAUAAUAUAUCUGAUACUCCUUCAAUGUCUAUUUACUGUUUAAAAUUCAAUGUUUUGUAUAAUCAGAAUAGACCGUUACAUUAUUUCUUGUAUAUAAGUCAUCUUUAAUAUUCACCAGACAUAUAAGGGCAAUGUCUUUCUACAGACAAUACAAAUUCUUAUAAAAUGUUUGUAAAAAACUACACAUUUUGAUUUUUUUUCGCAAUUCUCAAUAUUUUUGAUAUCAUUCGGUUUUUUAAAGUGGUUGCCACAGAACAUAGUGGAAUUUAUCAAAAUAUGACAAUGAAAACGAACAGAAAUAAAAGGAGAAAAC